CCGGCAGAGGGCGCCUUUACCAAUGAAUCACACACGCACCAAAGCGUCAUCGAGUUCUGCGUGUGGGAUAGUCAGGCCGCGGAGUAGCUUCCGGGAGAAAGAAAGAUGGCGGCGCACCGAAAGAAACGUGGCUCCAAUGCCCGGGCUGCACCACCGAGCAAGAAAGCGAAACUAGAGCAGAAGGGGGCCGGGACGGUGGCAGCUGUCCCUGCUGGGGAGGAGUUCACCAUCCCGGCCCCGGUGUCCGAGGGGAAGUGGAAGAACAAGGAGCGGGUGCUCAUAUUCUCCUCUCGCGGCAUCAAUUUCCGCACCAGACAUUUGAUGCAGGACUUGAGAACGUUGAUGCCGCACUCUAAAGCAGAUUCGAAAAUGGAUCGGAAAGAUAAGCUGUUUGUUAUAAAUGAGGUCUGUGAAAUGAAAAACUGCAACAAAUGCAUUUACUUUGAAGCCAAGAAAAAGCAGGACUUAUAUAUGUGGUUAUCAAACUCCCCCGAGGGGCCGUCUGCAAAGUUCCUGGUUCAGAAUAUUCAUACACUGGCAGAGCUGAAGAUGACUGGAAACUGCCUGAAAGGCUCACGCCCACUUCUCUCCUUUCAUCCGGUAUUUGAUCGGGAUCCGUACCUGGCGCUGCUAAAGGAACUCUUUAUACAGAUCUUCGGAACCCCAAGAUAUCACCCGAAGAGCCAGCCCUUUGUGGACCAUGUCAUCACCUUCUCUGUAGCCGACAAGAGGAUCUGGUUCAGGAAUUAUCAGAUUAUAGAGGAAGAUGCAUCGCUGGUGGAAAUUGGGCCUCGAUUGGUGCUGAAUCUCAUCAAGAUUUUCCAAGGCAGUUUUGGAGGACCGACAUUGUACGAAAACCCCCACUACCAGUCCCCUAACAUGCACCGGCGUAUAAUCCGGUUGACCACAGCAGCUAAGGUUCGGGAGAAGCAGCAGGUGAAGGAGCUGCAGAAGAUGAAGAGUGUUGAGGAAAAAGCUGUCAUUCCUCCUGACCCCACCGAGGAGGUCUUCGUCACCCCAGCUGAACAGAAGCCUCAGCUCAUUGAGACACAGGCGCCUUUAUCCAAACCCAGUGUGAAGCGGAAGGACAAGAAGUUUAAACGCCAGCGGCUUUCUAAGAAACGCACAUGAACUGUGGGAAGGGGGUGAAUUAUUUACAGGGCUCAGUCUGUUUUAUACAAUAAAAAAUGGGGAGAAAUUUA